GAUGCGGAGGAACCAGUGGGGGGAACGCGAAAGACACUCAACAGUCGUAACUAUUCUAUGGGGCGUAUCGUUUACAUCGCAUUCCUCAUUCCUUUACAUCAUUUUAAAGCUGAAGAAGGCACCGAAUGCAUGCUUCAUGAGCGGAUACACCAGAACACUUUACCCAGAACGGAGUUUGUAUUUCUGAAAGGUAAAACGACGAAAACGUAUCUCCUUGCUGCUUCAUUUGUGAGUGCGGCAAAGCAAUGGGACGCAGACGUUGAAGAGUUCUCGUGAAGCCGCGACUGUUGUGAAGAUAAGUGGAGAGUUAAUUUGUGCCUUUUAACUUUUAUUGUGAGUGUAUCAAGUGACAAUCUAACAAAUUGCAAGCGAUGUGCGGUUUUCACACCUUGGGCGUAUCACGGCAAAUAAUUUGCUGAACCUCGUUCAUUCUCCAGUGGAGCGGCCUGAAUACGAGGGAAUGGAUUUGCUUGACUACUUUUUGACACAUAUUUAAUGUAGAUACCCGCUACACAAAUCCAUAUGUUGAAGUCUUAUUUGGAUCAGUCUACAUCGAAAUGGCAAGUUUUGCCGGGUUUAUAAAGUGGACUGGGAGAUCAACUUUGUAUUUAUGCUGCGCGUUUGUCCUGUUCGGCUGUCUCUGCAUCGCGUCCCCUACUCAUGGUCGUCGGCUCAUCUGUUGGCAAGCCAUCAUGAAGUGUCAUGGAGAGUCUGAGUGCCACUACGCAUAUGACCAAUACCUUUACGCCUGUGCGCCUGUUAUCAACGGGGAUAGGAAGAAGUGUCCCAGCCACUGCAUCUCGUCCCUUAUCCAGCUGAAUCUAACCGAGACCGGGCCGUCUCUGGAGGACUGUGACUGCGCCUCGGACCCCGUCUGCCGGAGCACCAAACGCGCCAUAGAGCCGUGCCUGCCUCGGACCAGUAACAUGGGCUGCACCGAAGCCCGGCGGCAAUGCGAGAGAGACUCCCAAUGCAGUUCGGCGAUGCGCGACUAUUUGUUUCACUGCCGUAAACUUUUCGGAGGGGAGCGAUGUUCGGACGACUGCAGGAGGGUGAUUGCCAACAUGCGCAAUAUACCCAAAGCACAACAACUUGAUACUUGUGUUUGUGAUGGCACAGAGAGGACCAUAUGCGAGUACGUCAAAGUUAGUAUGAAAAACUUUUGCUUUGACUCUUUGGACAGAUACGCGGGCAGCGGGUUGUCUGAUUCAGAGGACGACUCUGAAGAUGAUUAUGACGAGAUGGAGGAUUAUAUAUAUGUGGAAAACAAAAGUUUUUCAUCCAGAUCCGCCUCUCGGGGUGUUGUAUGGACUGCCUCUGUGGCCACCAUUUUGGUUCUAAUGAAUCUUAUCUGAUAGGGCAGCCUACCCCAGUUGAUUCAGCUGUUGGGAAAGUUGUUUGAGAAAGAGUGGCCAGUGAAAUGUUGACACGGACAUAAUAGCUCCUGAAAGUUGUAACACCAGCACACCUGCUUUAGCAUAUACGUUUUGUGUAUGAAUGAAUUUAUGGCCUUUGCUCUGCUAUCUAUCUUCAUGGGGCUUCUUCUCAACAUUCCAUCUGGUCCCUGUCCCACUCUGUCUCUGUGCUGAUCUGCUAUGGGUCAGUCAUUUAGGUAAACACUUUAUAUAUUUCAAAUGUAUCAUUUUUGGGGGGUGAAUCCAAAAGGUUUAUAGAUACAUUUCCAGACAGCUGUGCACCUCUAGGCUAUGUAAUAUUUGAACCAACCAUUGAAGAAUGUUAUACACUCAUUUCAUCAGCUAUUGCCUAUCAUCACAAAAUAGUCAAAUGUGGAUAGACAAGUGACUUGUUUACGCUGCUUUCCCGUUGUUUCGAGACAACAAUGAAAACGGCAGGAUUUAAAGCGUUCUCUUCAUAGUCACUUCGUUGUAAUGUGGAGAGACUAAUCAAGUGGUCUUCUUUUCUUAUGAGCUAGACAAUAGACACAGGCAUACGUGUAAUUAUGUCAUUUCAAUCCUAGUCAGUGGAUAAUGCAUUUGAUGCAAGCACCUGACAAUAGUUUGAUUGGUUGGUUAGCCUACAUUACUAGCCUUAAUCAUGUCACACACAUUUCCUUAAACUCAGUAUCAAUGUCAAGUUUUCAAAAAGUUAAGGGAGAUUAUUUUUAUAUGUCAAAAUCUGUAAAGUUAAAUUGUACAGUUUAUUGUAUGAUAUUGAUUUUGUUUCCAGAGAUAUUUGUUUAUUACUGCUAAGAGAUUUGCACUGUAUAGAAAUGACGUGAAGUGCUUCACGGUGACUAUUGUAUAUUCUUUUGUGUCCACAGAGGUGAAAAUAUAAGUCUUCUUGCUUAAAGUGCCAUAUGACUCUUGAUUGUUUCACUCUUCUCUCUUCCUUACAUGCUGACCAGGCCGGACACGUUCGAGCGUCGCAAAAUAAAUGUACAAAUCCAUGUUAUUCAAUUAUUGCACCCACACUGCUCUCGCGUGUCAACGAGCGUCUGCGUUGCCAAGGGCUAAAAUAGAAGUCAUUCCUAUUUCUGACACAGAUCACGCUGAAAGUCCUGCCUCUCCCAUCUCCUCGUUGGUUUAUAGAAGCAGGUACCCACGUGCCAUUUCCUCAUUGGUUAUACCCACGUGGGUGAUUGAAAGACAAAAUGUUUUGCCGGUUGUCGUGGUAAAAGUGUAGAUGCCAAUCACCAUAUAAGUUCAAAGAUGAAAAGGCCUGGAAGGAGGAGAGAUGACUAGAAACGAUUCGGUUGGCUGUUUUAUGUGUGGAUUAAUUGUCGGAGUAGAAGACCUUGUGCAUUUCAGGUAAAAUAACAACUCAAUGUUUAUCCCAGGACAAAUGAGCUAGCAUCAGCAAGCUAGCUAAAUAGGACAAAUUAGCUAGCAAGCUAACUAGCUAUAUUGCCAUACAUGUUUAAUGCUUUUUGACCUGUCCCCAAAUUAAUGUCAUUGGUUCAGAGUUUGUUUUGAUAUUGUAACCUGCAUGUUGUGAUCGCAUUCGGUGUAGGGGAGGACAAAAUAAAAGAUAUUCACGUUAGCGCACGCGUGCAGCCGGUUUGGGUUCCGUGUUAUGUGGCCGUAUGGGAACUGGGCAGCAGGUUAUUUCACUACUAUAGGGAAAUAUAACAAUCUAAGUCUUGCUCUAAAGCGGCAAUCAGCAUUGGAGACAAUAACAAUGCAUACUCCUCACCUGUUUUGGUAAAAAGCUGAGGGACGGGGCUGGAGAAAUGUAAAGACUCUCAAAUUCAUAGACAGAGCUAUGGAUGCAAGGACUGGCCAUCCAUGAUAUCAAAAAUAAUAGUUUUAACCUCAUCCCUUUUUGGACUUGUAAAUGAUGCACCCAUUUUGAUUCUAUAUAUAUAUAAAUGCCUCAUGAGCUUAGUUCCACUGUCAACACCCAGCUUGUUUUACUCCAAUGUUUGAACAGAGUAAAUGUAAAGAAGCACUGUACAGCCUCAAAACAUGGUUAAAACUAUACAUUUGAUAUCAUGGACGAUCCCUCCGUGCGUUCAUAGCUCUGUCUGUGAAUAUGAGUGGGUACAUUUCUCCAGCCCCAUUCCUUCAGCUUUUUACAGACGCAGUGGCGGGGAGUAGGCAUUGUUAUUGUUUCAACAGGGGAUUGACCAUUUAAAGUGCCAUAUGAAUCUUGAUUGUUUCACUCUUCACUCUGUCUUAAGUGACCAUAUGGGCACUGGGCAGCAGGCUAUUUCAGUACCGUGUCUCUCAAGUCUUUGGACAGCUGUACCAAUCCUUUCUACUAUCACAAGAUUCCCUCGUUACGAACGAUCAGUUGAUCUGAGCUACUGAAUGCCGCCUAAAUCCCAGAGCAAAUGAAGCGUCAAGUAAAAGAAAAUAUCUUAGUUGGAUCGAUAUGCACUUGACCUUGUAAACAUCAAUGUUUGCUGAAGGCAUAAACUGUUUAAUGCUGGAAGACUGUUUUAACAUAAGGAAUAAAGAGCCCCAUCUCCUGGGGAUUGCUGCUCAAAUGGAGCCAAGAAGGGCCUUGCCAGUUUAUUUAUCCUCACCCCGUGUGUUUGUUAGAAGUCUUCACACCGAGAGGAGAGGGGCGAAAGGAAAGCUGUGUCCGGAUGAAUGGAGACUUAAGUAGCCAUUACAAAUGCACUCUGAUUGGACUGCUGUUGCUGUGUGUGGUGUGUGUUAGCUACCGGCCGUUGCUAUGUAUGUCUAACAAAGUAGACGUGUUUUUCUUUUUAACACUUUCGCUUCAACUUUGCUAUUAUUAUUUAUUAUCCUGAACAGAAGUUAAAUGGCUGGUUAUAGACCCAGGUCUACUUGGAGAAGCUUGUAGCCUCACCCACCACCACUAAAGAAACCAUUUAAUUUGUGUAUCACAUUUGUUUUCUCUUUUGGUUUGGCACCACUGAGAGACAGAAAAAGAGAGAGGGGACAUCAUCCUCUCCUUCAACUCUUGUCACAAGAGGGACUUGAGAGCAAUGAUGGCAGCCAUGUUGUUUCUCUCGAGAGGAGGACAAGGGCCCUCCGGCCCAGUGAAUGGAGGAGAAGUCGAGUGGCACUACUGUCAUGGAAAUGUAAAACACACAAUGGUGGAGCGGCACAAUGUGCAGGCACUUCAUUCACUCGCUUUCUCUCUGACAGCAUCUCCUCGGGGGGGGGGGGGGGGGGGGGGGGAGCUCGGGGAGAGACAGAGACUGCUACUGCAGAUAGAGGCUUCUUGGAAGGACUUGAGAAACUUCUGUCGACAUUGUAUCUCUCUUUCUCUAUGUGAUGCCUCCAUGCUCAACGUUAGGUGACGCUCACUUGGCUUUAUUUGAAGGUGUGCUUACAAACAGUUGUUUUUCUACAGGUUAAUAGCUAUUAUUUGUCAGCUAUUAAACAUAAUACAUUUUAUAAGACCUGAUGUUUAUGAUGUACAUGAGUAAACGUCUUUAUGAUCAGACAUGUAUUAGGUACAGCACACAUGAAUCAAUGAUUAAAUAUGCUAUAUAAUCAGGUGAACAAACUAUUUUUAUUUUAUAAAUGCAGUCUUAGGAAGCGUAUACUGGAGAUAAUAGCUUAUGAUUACGUGAUAUGAUAGCCUUUUUACGGCUACCACAUUUUUAAGCUGCAUAGCAGAUACCGAGGAUCAAAGUCAUUUGCCACUGAUGCUAACGUAAAAACAAUUAGCUGAUCUGUAUCACCACUCAACACUUUGAUUCACUUAGCAUUCUGAUUGUUACUGGAGUGCACAUUCAAAUAGACUGCAGUCCUAAAUAGAACCAAUGAUGUUUUGUGCUUCAAUUGCUAUCGGUUUCCUUCCCACUGAAUAUAGAAAAGAAAAAUACGCACACUGUGGAAACCCUGCAGCUCUGUCACGGUGAUGUGGCGAAUGCAUUUCUGGGCCUUUGUUAGCCGUCACAAAAGAGGGUACUGCCGCUUUAAGAGAGCAGGCCUGGGUUCCAACCAUUAAUAAUUGUAAUGCCUCUUUAUUAUUGCUGGGGAUAAUGAAGGAAUGAGAGUCAUAUGGGGCCCCCAAAACCAUACUUUCCCCUGAAAUGUUUUCAAUUAACUUUUGGCACCGGAGGAAAAUAAGCGAGUUGUUUUUUUCCCCCCAUCAUGCUGAAACAGAGGAGAGGCUAGAGCCGGACGGGGGACGGCGCUGCGGGACACAGUACCUCAUUAAAGUAGCCUCAUCAUAACUCAAAGUGCUGUUUUUGCAACCCCCUACUCCUAGUAACCCUGCUACACACACAGACAAACACACACAAGCGCUUGAUACUCCUGCGCGCGCACACACACACACACACACACACACAUACACUUGGAUGUUUCAUACACACACGCAGAAGCAGACUAAUAGUCUUACAUUAGUGGACAUUCCAAUCUAGACGCAAUUUAAGGCGAUGAGAUGACUUAUGGUUGAGAUGCUUCUUGGAACAAUCAUGACUAACAUACCCCUGAGCAUACUGGCCACAUUUCCCCCUGUGAAGUCUUCUAGAACUUUCUCUCAGUUGACAUAGCAUUUGUAGGUGAGGCAAACAUACUGUACAUAUACAAACGGUACAUUUAAUCUAUGUAAACUGGAGUCCGGAAAUAAGUAUCAGAUAAAUAAGGUAGAUUGUGAAGGAUUAGAUUGAAAAGGAGCAUGUUAUAUGUUUUAUAAAGUUUGCUAUGAGAAUAACAUUUGCGGGCCCUGAACUAUUUUCCAUGUUGUUUUUGUAGCAUGUGUAGGCUACUCAAUGAACUGCCCACAAUGGUCAGUAAUUAAAUUACUCUCUUUCUCUUUUAAGCCUCUGUGAAACUCUUCCAAAAAGUUUUCAAAAUUCCAAGCUGCCACAUUGAUUCUGUCACGUCAAGUCCUUUCUGAGUUCACCGGCCUUUGAAAAAAGGGAAACGGUCUCUAAUCCAGUUAGACUUCCUUGUGCCUCAUGUGAAGCGAGAUGGAGAGAGAGAGAGAGAAAGAAAAAAGAGUGGGAAAGGUAAGAUUUAAGUUUCUCUCAAAGAGAAGGUUGAUUUUCUAGUCAUGUAUAAACAGUCAGCCUAUCUUAGAAACCAUGCUGAUUUGAAAUUGAACUUAACAGUAUAAAGCACGUGUGUAAGGUCUUCUAAAUAUACUGUACAAACAUGCUAUAUUAACGUGUGUAAGGUCUUCUAAAUAUACUGUACAAACAUGCUAUAUUAACGUGUGUAAGGUCUUCUAAAUAUACUGUACAAACAUGCUAUAUUAAAUUUGUUUAAAUGCAA